AUGUUCAAACUCCUUUGCGUCGUGCUGCCCGUUGUGGCGAGGGUCGCCGUGGCCACUCCGGCUACUCUCAAAGCGAGAUGUGACGAUCCGACAGCACAUCCAUCACCACUCACUGAACCAGCGUCGAACUUCCCGGCUGCUGACUUGCCUUUUGAUCUUCCGCCGAUUGAACUAGAACCUAUAGACCCCCAGGAUCUAGAGUCGUUCGGUACAGAGGAGCCUUGGCUAUCUGUUUCCCCUUCACUACCGAACGAACCUAGUCCUGCGCCAGAAGGCUUUGAGUCUCCUGCUCCAGACUUUGAGUCUCCUGCUCCAGAGGACUUUGAGUCUCCUGCUCCAGAGAACUUUGAAUCUCCUGCUUGGUCUCCUUCUCAACCAUCACCGCCGGAUUCCAACCCCAACUUCCCCGGGCUCAGCAAUACCACUGAUUGGGACGAUAGCCACAGCUCUAGGCAGGGAUAUGCCGACUCUUCAAGAAGAAAGAAUGUCGUCUAUUUCACCGACUGGAGCAUCUAUAAGGCAGGCUUUCUGCCUCAGUAUCUCCCCGCAAGAGAUAUCACGCACUUGCUCUACGCAUUUGCUGGAAUCGCACCAGAUGGAUCUGUCGUCUCGUAUGACGAAUGGGCCGACGAGGAUAAGAUCCUAGGCAAGCGUGACGUCGUCCACGGUGCCAUCGAGCAAGUCUUUUUGCUAAAGAGCCAGAAUCGCCACAUGAAGACUCUGCUCUCCAUCGGUGGCUGGACCGCAUCUCAAGAUGGAAAGUUUGGGCCUGCCAUCGGUUCUGCUGAUGGUCGACGCCGCUUCGCUGAGUCUGCUGUCAAGUUGCUCGCCGACUGGGGAUUCGACGGUCUUGAUAUUGACUAUGAGUACCCGGAGACUCCAGAGGACGCGCAGAACUUUGUCUACUUGCUCCGAGAGGUUCGAGCAGCAUUGGAUAACUACGCAGCCCGCCACGGCCAGCGAUAUCGCUACCUCCUCACCGUGGCGACAUCUGCUGGACCUGACCACUACAAAAUUCUAGACUUGGAGGCGAUGGAUCAGUAUAUCGAUACUUGGCACCUCAUGGCUUAUGAUUAUGCUGGCAGCUGGGAUACCGUGGCUGGACAGCAGUCCAACGUCUUUACCGACCAUCAAAACCCCGACAGCACAAAGUUCAGCACCGACAAAGCAGUGGAUGCCUAUAUUAGACGAGGCGUCGACCCUAGCAAGAUUGUCCUCGGCCUUCCCCUCUAUGGCCGCUCAUUCGAGAACACGGAUGGUCUUGGUAAACCCUACGAUGGCAUUGGGCCGGGCACUAUUGAGCCGGGAGUCUAUCUCUACCGCGACCUUCCUCGGCCCGGUGCUACUGUCCACGUCAAUCGAUAUACCCUUUCUGCAUACUCUUACGACCCUUCAGCAAGGGAACUAGUUUCCUUUGAUAACGUCGAGACGGCGAGACUCAAGGCCGAGUAUCUCCAGAGCAGGGGCCUUGGUGGCGCUGUCUUCUGGGAAGCUUCGGGUGAUCGUGCUGGAGAAGAGAGUCUGAUUAGGACGCUGGCUAGAGAGAUGGGUCAUCUGGAUUAUUCUACAAAUAUGCUGAGCUAUCCGGAGAGUCGGUUUUCCAAUAUCCAGAAUGCAUCAUAG